UCGACUUGUUUGAUUUGCGAAUCAGUUAAAACUGGAUGCAUGGGAAGCAUACGUCACUGUAUUCGCCGCAGAUUCUUUUUGCGCCCUCAUUACUUUGUAAACACACCAGCAAGACCGGAAGACAGGAGGAUAAACACAUCGAAGCAACUCUGCUAACAAGGUACCCCAAUUUAUUUUGCGUCAGGGAAGACUUCUCCUAAAAGACCUAAAAUGUCGCAGACGUUAUCUCCUCAAGUAAAAACCGAUGACUUUCGCCCGCCAGACGACUCAUCCUUGAUUCUCAGUGAUUCCACCUUUUUCCUGUGUUUCACCGUUGCCGGCUUUACGCUUGCCCUACUCAUUACUGUAAGCAGCUCUGUUUUGUUAGUGACGAUUUUCAGGGAAAGCAGACGUCUCCUUGAAAAGCCUCCAUCUUUGCUCAUUACCAAUCUGUGCGUUUCCGAUCUCGUGGUUGGGUUGAUUGCCGGCAACCUCGGCGCUGUACAAGCUCUUUACCGAUAUCAGCAAUGGCCAGUUCCUGACGAACUGGAUGUAGUUGUUCGUGUUUUUCUUAGUUUGACGCUGUUUGUUAGAAGUGGGACAAUUGUGGCACUGUCGUACGAUCGCUACAUCGCCGUGGCACACCCUUUCCAAUACAGAUUGACGAUCACAAAGCCAAGAUAUAAGAUUUUUAUCGCUUUGCUGUGGGUGGUUUCUUCAAUCCUCUGCGUUCUCCAGCUUGCAAGCAUUCCGGAGAAGAUAAUUUCCAUUAUCUACGCUCACACGCAUGCCUCAAUGCCCAUGAUGUUGUUAACUGUCAUUUACUUCAAACUUUUCCGAGCUUUGACCAAAAGGAAACGGGAGUUAAGAGCCGUCGAGAUCAGGAAUAAAGCAACUUGGGAUCGGCAGAGAAAGAUGGUAGCGACAAUUCUGAUAGUACUGACUAUGUUUUACGGGACUGUUUUUCCAGCGUUUAUUUCAUUACAUCUUCGGUACUUCUGCAAAUCUUGUGAACAAUCUUUGACGUUUAAGAAGCUGGAGAUAAUUUUUUUCUGGUUUCUCUUUUUGACCUCAGCCGUGAAUCCCUUUGUCUAUGCUUGGAGAGAGCCGAAGUAUCGUAGAGGGUUAAAAACUUGCCUUGCUAGAAAAAGAACAACAGUGCGCCCGAAUCCGAUGAGAGGAGACAACAACAGUGCUGUACCGGUGAGACUAAUACAUUUGAAGUUAUUUACAAAAUGAAAAAGAUAUACAAAUUAGGCUAAAAGAAAUAAGAAAAAAAAUAAUUACUUUAAAAGACUAACUUAUAUAUUAUUUAUCAGUAAACUGUCUCAAGGGUAGACAGUUCCUGAAACAGAAGCCGACGAAUAUUGCCGGAUGAGUCUUGUCGAGUCUAUUGACUGACAUAUAUUGAAUGUUGUUUCAGCUUCGAAUAAGCUUGUCAUAGCAAAGAUAAAUAUCGAAUAUUGACCAGUAGGUAGUCUAGGAAUAUUAUAUGAAAAACCGGCCAGGGUCACGUUUGCUAGUUCAAUCUCCAAAACUGUCGGAUAGUGUAAUUAUUGUGUUGUCGGACGUUUUGGAAUGUCGUUCAUGUUUCGAUUCGAAAUGUCAAAUUUCUGUGAUCAGUUGGUAUUUUCAAGUGUUCUAAACCUUUUAAAGCUAAAACAUUACAACUGAACAUUACACGUAAGCUGGAAAACCCAUGGCGUAGUUUUACUUUGAAGUAGCACAAACAGGAGCCAUAAUUAGGGCUCCUGGUACAAACACACAAAGUUGGUACAUGUAACGUACUAACGCUCAAAACGUCAGCAUUACGAACUCUUCAAGUUGAUAUUAAAGUAGUUUACCGUUUUCCUCGCCCAAAGACGUUCUUCCUGAGUCUUGCAAUGCAGAAACAGUGUACCAAUGGUGACCGAUUUUCAAGGAAAGGCGUUGUUUCAAUACUUUAUUGAAAGGCUCCAUCUCAACUCAUUAAUAACCUCGCGUUGAAACACCGUAACGUACCAAUUUGAUGAUUCCAUCCCACUUGUGCGCAAAAAAAUCUAGAGAAAUACUCCGCAGUCACUUCUAUAAAUAAGGAGAAGGAAUUCAAAAACCAAAUGGAAAUCUAAUAUUAUAUUACCUUUUUACUUCUAGGCUUUUUUAAAUUUGUUUCUUGUCGCUACGUUAUUUAGUAAUCUAUUAAAUUUUAGAAAAAUUAAUACCCUAUGUAGUGUAAGUGACAAAAAAAAUAUUAUUGUAGAGGUUCGAACAAUUAAUGUACAAAAAAUAAGAGCAUCGUACUGAGUAGACCAGCUGUGAUUGUAAUCGUGUAAUUGUAUUUUAAUAUGUUAAUUGUAAGCAGUGCAGGGAUAAGAAGCCUUAGUAAGGAGGAAGUAGUAAGUAUAGUGCAAGUAUAUACGAGUAUAAGUCCUGCAAGUAGCGUGUUUGUCAUGUAAAUAAAGUUGUAUUAGAAAAAAAGAAAAACAAAAUCCUCGGCGUCUCUUGUCUGUUGGUAAGGUUAUAGCCGGCAACGUAGUGAUUCACUCAAGCCUGGGCGCUAUUUUCCCCUUGGUAACUCAUGGGAAGAAGGUCGCUCACUGGAGAAGGUCGCCUACUUCCUCUCACCUCGUUUUUUGCUUUACGCAACUCUUUCCGUCUGAAGGUGAGAAGUUUUAAUCAUCUUGUUCCUUUGUUUCGCGUGCAGUAGACUUUUCCUACUAAUUCAGGUGUGCAUGACUUACAAGUAUCCUACUGUUGGGCUACGUCAACAUGAAAAUGAUUCUAAAUAAGCGUAUUUGUGUAAACGUUCACACAAAUAUGUCCAGAGGAGCGAUAAUGUACUGGGGAGAUACGUACAUUAAGCAAGUCCUAGCAAUAUUCUUUUUGUUUCCGAUCGGCCGUGAAGUAAAGUCAGUGUAACCAAACAACAAAAGAACGUCUGCAAUAACCUUUUCCUUUAAUGUCUCACCUUGCCUUUUAAAAACAGUUAUCAAAAAUUGGAUUUUGUUCAAAUAAAUUAUCAUUUACAUAAAUUUUCAAACUGAAACGAGAUCAGCCCCUGACUAGGAAGGACUUUUUUUGCCGUGUUUAAGUAGAGAAACAUUACGUGAGGCUUAAAGUAAAUUCUUUUCUUUAACUGAGAAAAUUUCCAACAAUUUUGUCCAGAAACAGGGUGCUCAUAUAAAACUGUCCCUCGUGCAAAAAUACCCCCGUUCAAUAUACCGCAGUCAAACAUUCAAUUCUCACUUAAACCAGAGGUAAAUAACAAUCUAUGUUAUGUUUUAUGAACAUUAUUUACAA